AUGGCAAACAAACAAGAAGAAGAAAACGUUUCGGAAACCUCAGGAGCACAAUUCAAGGAGAAUGACGAAAAAACAAACUUCGAAGAAAUGAAACGGGAGAAAACGAAAGUAGAGUUGACUCGAGACGUCGCUGAAGCAUCGGAGGGAAAGCCAGACCUGGACGAUAUAAAACGUGAGAAGACAAAAGCUAAGUCACAGUUCACUCGAGCUAAACACCAUUUAUUAAAUUUAUUGGAUCGAGGUUUACCUAGUCGCAGAGAACUUCGUACAGCGAGGCAAAAGUUGAUUGAUUUACAGGAACCUGUCAUGAAUUAUUUACUGUCGCUCUCUGCAGAAUACAAAAAGGCAAGUGACACAAAAAACUUAAUAAAAACAAAUCAAGAAAUUGAGUUUAUAGAAGAAUCAUUCGAAAAUUGUCAAGAAAGAGUACAUGACUAUUUAGAUGCACGGCGAAGUGAGGCAUCAAGCAUUAACACGGUGUCUCUACGAGGCAGCUCAAACCUCUUAAAUGAAGAGGAAAUCCAAGCUUGGAAAAGAGCGGACACAAUUCGGAAGGAGGUGCAGAAGGUUGAAGAAGCUGAAAGAGUUUUAGAGGAAGAAUGUAAAGCAAAGCGAGAACAAUUAGAACAAUUAAACGAAACCAUUCAAGAAGGAUACAAAGAACUCGAGCAAGCGGAAAAUGAAGUGCAGAGGAUGCAAGAGGAAGAGAGUGUUGGUUACCAUGACACUGCCAAUCAGGAAACAGAUAGUAUCAUCAAUGUAGAUAUGGAUAAUGAUAAAAAUGUAUAUACGCCAUUUUCAACUGGGAAACAAACUAGUAACAAUUCCAUAAAUCAGCCUACAAUUGGUAUUGACAUGUGCAAACAGUUGAAAAGAGUGUCAGUGCCUGUAUUUUCGGGUGACAAACGUACAUAUGAAAGUUGGAAAGCAGCCUUUGCUGCAUGCAUAGACAAAGCUCCAGCAACUCCAGAGUAUAAAUUAUAACAGCUGAGACAAUAUCUAUCUGGUGAGGCUCUGAAGGCUGUAGAAAACCUUGGACACUCUGCAUUUGCUUAUGAAGCAGCAAAGGAUCGCCUUGACCGAAAGUUUGGAGGCCAGAGACGACAAGUUAUGCGUCACCUCGAACAGUUAGACUUGUUUCGACCAAUUCGGGCUGGGAAUUCGAAGGAUCUCGUGAAAUUUGCAGA